CCAAUUAGAAAAUUUUAGUUUUUAAAUAUCUACAUCAUUUAAUGUGUUUUAAACAUAUUUAAAGUUCUUGUUCAUAAAUUAUAAAAGUGAUAUAAAAUCUGAAGAUAGUUUCAGAACGCAGUAAAGUUUUUGUUUGUUCCCACGUCAUAAUAUUUUAACGUGAUCAAGAUUCUACUUUAACGACGAUCUUUAAAUGAAGAUUCAUCACAUAUUUUAAUUUAUUUAUAAAUUAUUUAUACAAUGAGAAAGCUUCCUGACAGAUGGCUUGAUUAUAAAGCAAUUGGCGAUGUCGUAGCUAAUUCAAGUUUUGUUGCAUUUAAAGUUCCUUUGCGUAAGGAUGUUUUUGAAAACCUUCCAAGACUCGAGAGACACACAACGGACGAAGUUGCAAAUAGUUUGAAUAAUCUUGGUCUGGUCAUCAAUCUUACAAACACAAAAUCAAGCUCAAAAUAUUACGAUCCUAAUGAUUGGAGGCGAUAUAAUAUCGAAUAUAAGAGGAUUAAAACGCAAGGUCAUGUUGUGCCCUCACAAUCGAAUCUUGUUGAUUUUUGUGCCACUGUUAAAAAGUUUCUAAUGAAAAGUCCGGAAAAGCUUGUGGGAGUUCAUUGCACACAUGGAUUGAAUCGAACGGGAUAUUUUGUCUGUUCCUACAUGGUCUUGUGCAACAAUGUGUCGCCAUCAGAUGCUCUGAAAAGUUUCUGCGAAGCACGAGGACAUGAAAUUGAACGACGGAAUUACGUAAAUGCUGUCAAUAAUCAUGAAUCUAAUGUUGAACUUCAGAGAAUUAUUAGGGAUAUUGAUUUAUAUGCGAAUGAGGAUGAUGAAAGGCAAAGCAAUCGUAGUAGAAUUCGAGAGAGAAACCGGCACAGUUCUUGGAAUUAUCCCGAACCUUGGCGAAGGCAGAAUGAUUAUCACGAAAGAAGACCUGAAAGAAGUUUCAUUUCACGACCACCUCGAAGACAUUAUUCUCCUUUCUUCCAUCGUGAAUCACACUGGCGAAAUAGAAAUCGAUACGAUGUUGACAGUUGGGAUAAUGAAUGGAGUUGGACUCGGAUGGGAACGAUGCCUUCUCGUCGUCCUCAGAAUUAUUAAAGAUCCCUUUUUUUCAAUAAAAAUCUUCGUGAGUUUAACGAAUAAAAAGGAAAACUGUUUUCUUAUGCUUCUUUAGUGAUUCACCGUUGCAUGAAAAUUUAACGAAGAAGAAGGAAAAAUUCCUGAAAUUGUUCCUGUGGGUGCAUUAAAAAUGUUUAGAAAGGGGCGAUGAAUUGUUUAUUUGCAAGACAUUUUUAUUCCUUGUGAGACUCUGAAAUCAUAAAUGAAGCUUCUUGUGUGUAAAAGGGACAAUUUAAAAGUUAUGUGAAGUUUUUCCACUCUCAAUUGUCA